UGUGUGGACAGAGAAGAGGAACAGUGAAGGAUCAGAGUGCUGCAGGGGUACAAGCUUCAGCUCAGUGUGACUUCAGAUGAUGAGGAUGGCAGUGAGAGUGAGUUGUUCCCAGAUGAUCUGUCUCUCGUUCACUGUGGGUCUCUGCACUGCACACAGUCUGAAGAAAGAUGCAGAAACGUUUUGGACACCUCAAUCUGAUGUACCAGUUGUGUUCCAUCGAGAUGUUGGGGAUACCUUCCUGAUAUAUGAGUUCUUGUUAGGAGGCCUGAUAAUUGAUGAAAAGAACAUUAUAACUCUGAAGGAUGAGGAAUUGGCUUCAACGCGUUCAGCUAAAGUCUUCCACAGCAUAGUGAACACUCAAGUCCCAAAGACCCCGUCCACCAUUCGGAAAAGGCUCGGUGAUCUGCCGCGUUCAAGAGAAUCCUUAGAAAUGGACACCUUUGAACAACUGGUACUAGCCUCAGUCUAUACGGCCCACCGAGCCCUGAGUAGCAGCCCGACUGAGAGGCAGGCUUGGGGAGACCUCUUCUGUCAGCUCGUGGCUGCUGUAACCCAUGAUCUGUCCAGGAAGGUAGUUAUGUGUUAAACCCUCACCGAAUUCCUUCAGAAACAGUGACUUCCUCUUUCCAUGAAUUCAGAAUCGAAGUCAGUUAUACCUGGAGAUGAAUCAAUGAAAAGAACUUUGCUUUGUCGUAUGAUGGGAUUUCCCAAUCCACAUGCCCAGGUCUACCAGAAUCCUAAAAGAAAAGCAAAUACUGCGGAUGCUGGAAACCUGAAACAAAAACAGAAAAUGCUGGGAAAACCACAUCAGGUCUGACAGCAUCUGCGGAGAGAAAGACAGAGCUAAUGUUUUCAGUCCGUAUGACUCUUCUCCAAGAAGAAAGGUCAUAUGGACUUGAAACGUUAGCUCUGUCGGGGGGAAAGUGCAGGAGCGGGCGCAUGCAGGGGCGCCUCCGAUCAGCCCCCCAAUUGGGGCGCACCACCAUUUUAUGUGGGCAGGCCAAUUAAGGCUAUGCGCGGUGCACUCCCUGUGAUUCCCUCAGCCGGGUGUGCGCUCUUGCACAUGCGCCUGAAAUGGUGCACAGAUCUCCCUGAGGCUAAGUGCUGCCUCAGGGAGAUUGGCUCCAAAUGUAAAAAUGUUAAAAAUGUAAAAAUAAAAUUUCCCUGACAUGUCUCUCAUCUGACACUGUCACGUGAGUUG